AUGGAAGCCUUCCGGGAACUAUCGGCGCCCCUUGCGCUGGUCGCGGGCGUAGACGAUUGGCCAAUCGCCAUUGCCUGCGGCUGCGCAAGAGCGCUGAACGGUUCGCUCUAUGUCUACUGGGCGAUGGACCCGCUGAGUAUUAUCGCCUCGGUACUGGCCAUCGUCACGGCUGGCCUUCAGUCCACGAGAUCUUUAAAAGCAGCUAUCCAACGAUACAAAACGCGCGACAUGACGUUGUUGAGACUUCUCGCCGAGGUGAAAGACAUUGAAAGUAUCCUACAAAGUCUCGCGCAACUACUUGAUGCUACGAACCAGCAACCUGCGGUAGCUGCUGAGACGUCAAUGACUGAGCUUCUCUGUGGGCCAAUCGAACGAUGUACCCAACUCUGCAGCGACUUUGAGUCCGCCAUGAGGCGUUUCAGCGGCAAAUCAACGUCAAGUUUUACAGACUGGGCAAGAAUGGAGUUCAUGAGAGGUGAUAUCAACCAAUUUAUGGACACAUUGGCAGGAUACAAAGCCACCAUCUCCGUUGGCCUCGGUGUGCUUAAUAUGCGCACUGUCAAAUUGUCCAGUGCCGCUUUGGAAGAGCUUGAAGAAAUGGUGAAAGAUACCAUGUAUCAACUCAACCUUCAACUUCAACGUAUCAACGACAAGAUGGAGAACUGGCCACCUACAGGAGGCGUCGAUAGCAGCGCGACGAAACCGGCCAUAGAUCUGGACGAUGAGCGACAAGUAACAAAACAGUGUUUGCAGAUAUGCGAGGAUGCGAAGUUGUAUUUGGAGUCCUUGGCGUGUCGCGACUCACCUCUGCUAGAUCAGCCCGCCCUGGGAAGCUCUGCGAUUCUCCAGCAAAGGUUUGAAGCUCAACUUUUGACUCGCCAGGCCCUCAAUGACAACCAGGCAAGCUUGGUAAAUAUCAUUACUCGUCUUCGCGAGCGACUCGAGACUGUUCUUACGGACGGAGAUUCAGGCGAAAGGCUACGGUUGAAUGAAGACAUGCAUGCAUCAAGGCAAUGCCUAGAAGUGUGUAAGCUGGCGUCUAGUGAGGUUACCAAUCAAAAGAUACACAUCAUUGGGGAAGUGGUUGCCGACGGGGAUAGUGACCAUGUCGUCGUGACAACGCUGGCAGACCUUUUCAAUGUUGGAAAAACAAUGUCUAACAAUCGAUCAGCACUGCUCGUUGGGUCGAUGAGCGAUGAUGCUCUUGUGCAACUAUCCCACGACCGUUACAAUAGCCGUUUUGGAGCUCUGGCGUCGAGCAGCCCGACUAUCCACAGCCGCCCUGCCGCUGUGAACUCCGGGAACCCUGGGACGUCGAGCGUUGGUUCGUUGGCGGGGCACCAUGCUCGCAGGAAAAGCCAGCACUCGCAACGGAACUCUCCUUCAUCAAACGAGACAAGGCGAAGAAUGGUAGAUGGAGACCUAACCCAUGAGUCUAAAUGA